CCACGAGCAAAAGGUAAAGUAAAAUAAUAAGUUAGGAAAUUAACGUUGAAAUGUCUUCAUUCGAUGCUAAGCGACCAAUAUCAACCAAUAAUUUGGUUUCGCGGACAAAGUUCUAUCGAUGCGAUGAAUGAAGUAUGUAACUACCUAUGUAUCUAUUUUAUAUAGUAAAUUGAACAAUAUAUUUUACCUUAAUAGAUGGCGUUGUGUGGUGGUAACAAAACAAAUAUAUUAUACAAACUAAGACAAACUGUAAAGUAAUAUUGGCUAAUGGAUGUAGAUCAGCGUACAGAAAAUCGAUUAUGAUACUAUCGAUAAUCGACUACACACCUGUCACCAACAUCAACUUGUGCGGCCUCGUCUCUUGUCAAAGUGAAUCUGUCAAAAAAAUAUAAAAACAAGUUUCGGGUGGUGCUGCGCGCUGCACUGCGGUUGUUUGUGGUGUAGUUCCGAUACUCGGCGGUGCCACCCAGCGUUGUGAUGUGAGUCCGCGGCGGCGCCCGUCAUGUCGUAAAUCCAAUAAAGAGCGUGGCGUGGCAGGUGCAAGUGCAACGGUCGCGGUGCGGCGCAUCAGGGGCAGGCGGCAGGGGACACGAGUGAGACACCGAACGCCGGCGACGGUAGCGGCGCCCGCGCGGACCUCACGGCUCACGGAGUCGCGCACAUUCGUCACUUGGCAGUAUACGCGAGGCGGACGAACGCGGCCGACAUGAAGCCGCGCGACGACUACAGGAACGGCGACGGGCACGACGAGGACAGCGAGGGCGAGGAUGGCAGCGCUUUGGAGGAGGAGCUGUCGCUGUGUGACCGCGAGGCGCCGGCUCGCGCGCUCUGUGCGUUGAACGCGCUGCGCAAGUCGCGCCAGCACUACGACGCCGUGCUGGUGGCGGGCGGCGUGGAGGUGCCCGCGCACCGCGCCGUGCUCGCGGCCGCCUCGCCCUACCUGCUGGAGGCGCUGACCCCGGCGCCGCCCGCGCCCGCGCCCCCCGCCCCGCCCGCGCCGCCCGCCUACCGCGUCGAGGACGUGGACCCGGAGGCGCUGCGCGAGUUGGUCGAGUUCGCGUACACGGGGCGCGCGCGCGUGCGCGACGCGGCGGCGGCGCGGCGGCUGUACCGCGCGGCGUGGCGGCUGCGCGUGGAGCUGGUGCGCGCGCCGCUCGCCGAGCGGUUGCUGCGCCGGCUCGCGCCGCACGACUGCCUCGAGGUGCGCGCGCUGCCCGACCUCGCGCCGGAACACAUCGCGCAGCUCGAUGCUUACAUAGCACAAAACUUCGAGGCGGUGUGCUCGAGCGGUGCGCUAGCGGCGUUGCCGGUGGUGCGCAUCGAGUUGUUACGGGAGGGUGGGGCGGGGGCUGGCAGCGGGGUGGGGGCGGCGCCCGGCGGGGCGGAGGACGCGCCGCAUACAGUCGCCGAUGCCGCGCUCGCCUGGCUGCGAGAUCAUGCGCCCCAACAUGACCUUGAGGAGUUGUGCUCGCGCGUGCACCUGUUGUACGUGAACGAGCGCGGCGUGCUGCGGGACUGCGGCGAGCUGCCGGCCGCCCGCGGCGACGCGCCCGAGCUGCAGGAGUACCGGCGCGAGGCGGCCGAGAGAGCGCGCCGCCCGCCGCCCGCGCCUGCGCACCUGCCGCGCCCUCCGCGCCCACUGCCCGGCCUCGAGCUCGGAGCUCGCGCGCCGCGCCCUGCCUGCGCCGUGCUGGCCGCGCGGGCCGCUGGAGCCGGAGCCACGGGCGCGCUGCUCGCGGUGAGGGGCCGGCUGGCGGCGGCGCGCGUGUGCUGGCGCGACGUGGGCGCGGGCGCGGCGGGGGGCGCGCGCGGGGCGCUGCACAACUCCGACGGGGAGCCGGACAAGGGCGAGCGGCGCGCGCUGCUCGCCACGGGUCGGUGCGCGCACGGCGUGGCCGCGCUCGACGGUCGGCUGGUGGUGUGCGGCGGAUACGACCGCGCACGCGUGCUGCGUGCCGCCGAGCAGUACGACCCGGCCAGCAACACUUGGAGUGCGUUACCCGACAUGCGCGGCCCGCGCGCGCGGUUCCCGGCGGCCGUGCUCGGCGGCGCCGUGUACGUGCUUGGCGGCAGCGACGGCCACGCCGAGCUCGACACGGUGGACGCGCUGCAGGACGGCGCGUGGACGACGCGCACGCGACUGCCGCUGGCGCUGUCGCACGCGGCGGCGGUGGCGGAUGAGGCGGCCGGCGCGCUGUACGUGGUGGGCGGGUGGACGGGCGGCGUGCAUCUGAAGCGCGUGCUGCGCUACACGCCGAGCGACAAGCAGUGGUCGGAGGCGCCGCCGCUGAGCACGGGGCGGUCGCAGUGCGCGGCGGUGCUGUGGGGCGGCGCGCUGUGGGCGCUGGGCGGGUGCGACGCGUGGCACUGCCUGUCGUCGACGGAGACGCUGCGGCUGGACGGCGGCGGCGGUGGCGGCGGCGCGUGGAGCGCGGGCCCGGCGCUGCCGACGGCGCGGCGGUCGGUGGGCGGCGCGGUGUGGCGCGGGCGGCUGGUGUCGGCGGGCGGGUCGGACGGCGCGGCGUCGCUGCGGCGCACGGAGUGGCUGGAGGCGGGCGGCGACACGUGGCGCGGCGGGCCGGCGCUGCGGCGGGCCCGCGCGGGGCUGGGGCUGGCGGUGUUCCACGACGUGCUGUACGCGGUGGGCGGGUUCGACGGCAAGGAGUUUCUCGCGUGUGUGGAGUGCCUGUACGAGCCGGAGGGCGAGUGGACGGCGCUGUGUGCCCCUCCCUCGCCAGUGUCACCCCCGGCAGCGGCGCCACCGCCCACCAACAAACAGGACACAAAGGAGAAUGGUGAAGUGCAUUCGGAGUGA